ACCCAGAUGUCACCAAGCGGAAGUCUGAUGUGUACACAUUCGUACCGACGGAGAGAAACAAUCUUACUCUGGAGGUUUCAUCAGAUUUUGUUGUGAAGCGCUAACUGAAAGAAGCAAACUACGACAGAGACGUAAAUCAAAACAGCUAGCGUAGGUUUCUUAAAGUUUCCGGUGACCGGGCAGGUGUUCAUUCUGGUCGGGGUUUCCCUCCUCUCAAGCCACCCUUCGGCUCUAGAUGGGGGGCUGUUAGCACCGAAGGAUGGAGGAUUUAACUUGGGCUCACCAUGGCUGCUGUGACGGAGUGGUGCUACAUCAGCGGCCGCCGUGUCCUCGGAGCAUGGGGCCCGCUGCUGUGCGUGGUUUUCGGCUCUCUGGUGGCCCUCCUGCUUCCCCUGAUAGGGUUGCAGAACCAGUGCUGUGGCUCCAUGAGGGGCAUCAACCAGCUCCGCUGCCAGCUGUGGGGGAGCUCACAGCCUUCUCCAGCUGUGCAGUCCACCAGCCUGACUGUCCCCUUCACGGCCCUGGAUGUGCUGCCUCAGAGGACCAAACCCAGCAAAGAGACAGAGCUGGAGGCCAAAGCAGCGCUGCAGCAGGCUCUGGAGAUGAAGAAACUUGGGAAGAGGGAGAAGGCUCACAAGCUGCUGGUGCAUGCUCUUAGUAUGAACCCUGACUUUGUGGAUGCUCUGACGGAGCUGGGGACCAUACUGGAGGAGGAGAAGGAUGUGGUCCAGGCAGACCACCUCUACACCAAGGCCUUGGCCCUCUCGCCAUGUAAUGAGAGAGCUCUGGUCAGCAGAGACCGAACCCUUCCCCUGGUCGAGGAGAUCGACCAGCGCUAUUUCAGCCUAAUCGACAGUAAAGUGCGCAGGCUGAUGUCUAUUCCCAAAGGCAACUCGGCGCUCCGUCGAGUAAUGGAGGAGACAUACUACCACCACAUUUAUCACACUGUGGCGAUAGAGGGCAACACCCUCACUCUGUCCGAGAUCCGACACAUCAUCGAGACGCGCUACGCCGUACCCGGAAAGAGUCUCCAGGAGCAGAACGAGGCCAUCGGCGUGGAUGCAGCCAUGAAGUACAUCAACACCACGCUGCUGUCCAGAUCAGGAGCCAUCACCGUCAGCAACAUCCUGGAGAUUCAUCGACGAGUGCUCGGCUACGUGGACCCCGUGGAGGGCGGUCGGUUGCGGACCAGCCAGGUGUUUGUGGGCCACCACAUCCCACCACACCCCAAAGACCUGCAGCGACACAUGGAGGAGCUAGUCCAGUGGCUAAACUCUGAGGAAGCCCUGCAGCUGCACCCUGUGGAGUAUGCAGCUCUGGCCCACUACAAGCUGGUGUACAUACACCCAUUUGUAGACGGGAACGGACGCACGUCCCGGCUACUCAUGAACCUCGUGCUCAUGCAGGCGAGAUAUCCGCCAAUUACUAUUCGCAAAGAGCAAAGGGCAGAAUAUUACGCCACUUUGAACACGGCCAACGAGGGGGACGUGCGUCCCUUCAUUCGAUUCAUCGCCAAAUGUACGGAAAUGACACUGGACACUCUGCUGAUUUCCACAACAGAGUACGCUGUGGGACUCCCAGAAGCCGACCGGAACCAGGCCUGUCCCAGCUGCAAACAGACCAUUCCAGCCCACAACUAAACCGGAGAGAGGGAGCACGAGGCGUCACCAUGCAAGAGUAUAUUUUUAAUUUAAAAGUUUUUCUGUUGGUAGUUUCACUUAAAUUAUGGUGUUCAUUGGCCAGAGUCAAACCAUUAAAUAUAUUGCAAGUAUUUUAUUUUCUUUAAGUGCAAACGGAAGUUUUGACUACUAACAUGAGGAAAUUAUUUAAUUUUUAAGCUACAAUUUAAAAACAGUGUUUAAAUAUUUGCCUUGAGGAAAAGUUGUUUGCUAAUACUGUGAAGCACUUUCAUGUAUUUAUUUUAAAAUAAAAGUCAUUGUUUCUUUACCAUGCACAAACCCCUUUUGACAUCAAAUGAGAUUUUGGUUAUAAAAUGUCUAACAAAGACGCACAGGAACAAUUAAAAUAUUGAAAUUAUUUUCUUCUUGUUUAGUUAUUAGAUAUAUGCAGAAAUGCAUGUCAAGUGUUUAUUUCUGUUCAUAUUGACUGUCAUAUUAUGAAAACCUUAAAUUUAGUUAAAAUAUAUUAAAGUGUUCAAAUGACAAAACAAAAUCCUGAUACUUUACAGUAAAAAGUGCUCAGUCGGGGUUCCUUUUACAGUCAUUACUGCAUGAAUGUGUUGAGGAACAGAAGCAAUGAAUCUCCAUUCCUCUGCCCCAAACUCUUGAAUGGGCUUUGCUUCACAGUCCUUUCAAAGCAGUUAUCCUUUUGUGCUUGUGCACCUUUUUCUUCCACUUAACUUUCCAUUAAUAUGCCUGGAUGUUGCACCCUGUGAACAGUGAGCUUCUUUAACAGUCUUUCCCAUCAAUGUCUAGGCCUUAACUCUAUAAUAAGUACUUCUUCAUAUAGAAUGUAAAAGAAAAAGAAAAUCAUUCUUUUAGAGAUGCAAACUUCCAGAGUACUCGAUCCAUUACAUUAAUUCUAAAAUAUAAUAUGCUAGGCUCACAAACGUAUGGCAGAUAUUUCUACAGGAGUGAGAGACACUCGAGAGGAAAAACUUGAUAGGACAUAGAUGAAAGAGAGGUCAGGGCAUACGUGAAAAAUAAAGGGUGGCCAAAUAAGUAAACACCAAGAAGGAGGGCAGGAGAGAAGGACCGACCCAAAUUUUAUACAAUACAUGCAGAAAGACCAAAAUCCAGUUUGAACGCAGAACCUCCUUGCAGCCCAACUAGUAAACUAUUAGUCUUGAGUAAUAUUCAAAUCUUCUAAAAAAAAAA